GAACCUACCCUGAACAUAAGGACCAUUUUUCUCGGAAGGAAGAAAAAAGAGACCGUGUUCGCGGUCUGUAAUCCAAAUGGCGCUGCUCUUGUAAAGCAGAUAUCCCAGUAUUUUGUUGAAGUUGAAGUGUAAUAAGGGAGCAAGUUUCCGAGCACAUGGCAUGUCAUCAACUGUCACAUUGUUUGAGGACUCUCUUUCACUUAGGGAGUAAAAAUAUAUGGGUUGCUCAGUCGCCUAGUGGCAAUUUCAGUACUUCCCGUUUCAGAAAGUUACAUCCCAUUUGUUCUUUAUCGACAUCUCCUCUUAAUAGGGGUUACUGCAGAGCCGUUUCUUCUGCUAAUAAUGUUGAAUCAGAGCAAGUGUUACAUAGAAAUGUGCUUUUUGAUUUUCCCCAUACUCAAAUUAAGUCGCCCAAUCUUGAUCCUUCGAAUGGCAGAGUCAUGCUCAUUGACGGAACCUCAAUAAUUUACCGAGCUUAUUACCGGCUGCUGGCUAAACUGCACCACGGUCAUCUUUCACACGCUGAUGGCAAUGGAGAUUGGGUACUGACUAUAUUUACAGCAUUGUCACUUAUUAUUGACGUUCUGGAGUUUCUUCCUUCACAUGUAGUGGUUGUUUUUGAUCAUGACGGAUUUCCCUUUGGUCAUACAUCUCUUUCAACCAAACAAAAUUUUGUUGCAAAAGGCCUGAAUUUUCGUCACAAUAUGUACCCCUCUUACAAAAGCAAUCGUCCUCCAACACCUGAUACAAUUGUUCAAGGACUUCAAUUUUUGAAAGCUUCCCUUAAGGCCAUGUCCGUCAAGGUGAUUGAGGUGCCAGGUGUUGAAGCUGAUGAUGUUAUUGGAACCUUGGCUGUUAGGAGCGUUGAUGCUGGAUUCAAG